AUGGAUAUCAUCCAUGGCAUCGUGGAUAGAUGGACCUUCUACCCUACUGGCGCGUCUUUGCUUGACCUGAUGGGAAAAGUGGUCAUUGUUACCGGUGGAAAUACAGGAAUUGGUUACUGGAUUGUUUUACAUCUCGCGAGGAAAGGCGCCAAGGUAUACCUUGCUGCAAGAAAUGAAGCCAAGGCUUUGGACGUGAUCAAGAGCAUUACGGAGGCGGGUUGUUCCCUUCCUAGAACCAAUUAUAACAAGGCGGAUGAACCAGUCCCGAUCCUCAUUACUCAGCACUGUGAAGUAAUCCACCUCGAAUGGAGCCGAAGUGAAGCUAUUGGAAUCCCAUCGCCCCAUACUCUCUCAAGAACUGGUGUAACGACAUUCCUCAUCGAGGCUGGAAGUGGGCCGAGCUUUGAUUGGGCGGUACCUUUUCCCCCAGGAACGCAUAUUUUCCUCGUCAGUGGUCAUCUCAAACUUGAACAUAAAGGCUUUGAUGUAAUCCAGUAUCAGAUAUGCAUGUUUGAUAUCAACGGAAUUUCGGGGGGAUGUCAAGAUAUGUAUACUAUGAUGCCGAACUCUAACGGUACCGACGUUACCUGCGCAAAUGUCACCUCUACGCUUCUGUCUGCAAACGGUACGGUAUUUCAGCCUAGCGGUCCUAUGUCCCAGUAUGGUUUUAUCAAUCAAUGCACUGAUGUGUCUGUAACGCCUAACGAGGGAACUCCCCCAUUCACUCUUACGGUAGUCCGGUGGUGCUACUAUCUCAGCAUGCUUGCUAAAGAUCAGAUCCAGAUUGCACCGGCGCUCCAUCCUCCGUUCAACUUGACCGAACACCAUGGACCAAAUCACUUGGACAGUUUCUCUUUCCCGCGCGAUGCCAUUCUUCAUGUCAAUGACUGUCUGGCUCCAGGAACUGUAAACGCCAAACAUGCCAGAUCCGUCGCAGCGCGCGCGCCGGAGUUGGGGGGCUUUUCGGCGGCACAGCUCUCACAGCUAACGACGACAAAUGCAGCGGUUAGAGGAAGUGGAACAUUCUCACCUUAUAACUACCAUAGAUCGUCGACUGCUAUUAUUGGAUACCCCCAGGGACUCGGAAUGCCUCGUGAAGAGCGCGGGCUUGCCAGUGUUUCAAGUCCGCCGAUGCCCUCUGUGCAUGCAUCUCCGAGUGAACGUCGGUGGUCUCGUGCAUUCGAUGGGAACAGUUUGUCACGAAAUCAAUCGCAGGUGUACGUUCAACACCGUGAUGGGGGGCGGGCUCGUGAUGCAGCAUUGGACUUACCGCCAUCGUAUUCAGACCCCGGAAGUCUAGAUUCAUCUCUCGAACAGAUUCCCUUCACGCCUGGAGCAAAGACAGGGUAG